GGUACCUAGUAGUUAGCGCAGUAAGACAGUUUCUAAUGGAAAACGUGUUGUGCUGUUUGAAUAUUUUUCAAAAUUAAAAGAGCAUCAGAAACUAAGCGUUACACAUCAAGACAUUUGGAACGUCCUCGUUGUAUAAGAUGCGCAAAAUUCUCAAGUUACUUGCUAGCUAGCUAUCUACAUUGCCUCGGAUUUAACUAGCUAUGUAGAUAAAUAGCCGACCAGGAUAACUAAAUAAACGUAGCUAGCAGUUACAUUGUAGUACAGCUCCUCUGUAUCACUCUGAAUUUAAUUGUAAACGCUACGAUAGUAUUAGCCGCCACAUACGUUUUGCCAUAUUGCCUUCAUUUUCCGCGUCAGAGUUUGGAGAACAUCUAAGACCAUGGCUCACACAUGGCCUGAGGUAAAAUCAGCAUUGCCGCUGACAGAGGCAGAGUUUCCCCUUGAGUUCAGUGAGAAGGUGGAGCCCAGCAUAGUGGCAGUGCUACAACAUGCCAGGCAACAGCUCUACAGCGGGCUGUCUGCCCACCGCCGGGUGCAGACCGCCCAGAUCAUCCUGGACUUCUCCUGGGAGAAGCUCAACACAGGGACUUGGCGAGACGUGGACAAGGAGUGGAGACGCGUUUACUCAUACGGCUGCCUGUUCAAGGUGGCUAGCCUGUGCCACGGAGAGGUGUCGGAAGCCAAGCUGCGGGAGGCCAUAAAGACAUGUGACAUGGGACUGCUGAUGGGGGCUGCCAUCAUGGAUGACAUACUGCAGACUCUUGUGGGGAUCCUGCAGGAUAAAGUGAAGAAGAGGCCUGCAGAAGAGGGCAGCCCCGAUGGCGGGACAAGUUCAAAGAAAGUAAAGAGGGUCUGCAGCCUUGAACCUGAGCUUAAUCCAGGUACAGCAGUCCCCAGGAUACAGUGCCCUUCCUUGGAUCAUUUCAGAUCAGACUUCCUGGCCCCCCAAAAGCCUGUCAUCUUAGAGGGAAUAAUAGACCAUUGGCCUGCCUUCAAGGAUCAUCGCUGGAGCAUAGACUACCUGCGGACAGUGGCAGGCUGUCGAACAGUGCCUAUUGAAGUGGGCUCCAGGUACACUGAUGAAGAAUGGUCACAGAAACUGCUCACGGUCAAUGAGUUCAUAGACCGCUAUAUCCUUGGACAAGAAGAGGGCAGCCGCAUGGGGUACCUGGCCCAGCAUCAACUCUUUGAGCAGGUUCCUGAACUGAAAGCAGACAUCCGUAUCCCUGACUACUGUUGUCUCGGGGAGGGAGAUGAAGACGACAUCACCAUCAAUGCUUGGUUUGGUCCUGCAGGGACAGAGUCGCCCCUUCACCAGGAUCCCCAGCAGAACUUCCUGGCCCAGGUGGUCGGCAGCAAGUACAUCCGCCUGUACUCGCCACAGGACAGCGAGAAGCUCUACCCUCACCAGUCUCAUUUGCUGCACAACACCAGUCAGGUAGAUGUGGAGAACCCAGACGUGGUGCGUUUCCCAGACUUUAUGAAGGCCCCCUACCAGGAUUGUGUUCUGAAGCCUGGAGAGGUCUGUUUCAUCCCAGUCCAGUACUGGCACGUACGCGCUCUGGACCUCAGUUUCUCUGUCAGCUUCUGGUGGUCAUGACAGAUGACACAACCCUAUUUCUGAGCUUUGUCUGUUCACUUAUUUA